AUGACUUCUCUAAGGACCCAAAGUCAGAUACCUACAGGCGAUAAUCACAUAAAGAUUUACUCGGCUGUAACACUACGCCACAGAAAGGAGAGGGACCCUACUGUGCGAAUAUGUAUCCCUAGAAAACUCAUCAUGGACUCUAACUCGAAGACAUAUGGUAAGACGCCAUGCGACCCGAUUGGCAAUCGGCGCUCGAGCCCCAGGAAUACGAGUGUGAAAUUGGUUACUGGCUAUAGGAGAGUAGGUGACCAGGCAUCCUAUAGAAAAUAUGCGACUGGAAAACGGAAAUCAAAACCGACAAUGCACAGGAUAUGCACAUGGAAUGUGCAAGGUAUGAACAAAAUCGGUAAACUGGCCAUCAUCGAGAAAACACUCACCAAUGUCCCCAUUACCGGAAUAUCAGAAACUCACUGGAAAAAUAGUGGACACUACACAACUGAGUAUGGCAAUCUUUUGAUAUGCUCUGGAAACGAAAACCACAGCAGUAACGGUGUGGCCUUUCUGAUACAUAAGAACUUUAAGGAAUCUAUUUUGGGAUACGAAGCUAUCAACGAUCGAAUAAUUACCCUGAAAGUGCAAGCAAAACCGGUCAACCUAAACCUCAUGCAAAUCUAUGCCCCCACAUCGACAUGCCCUCAAAAUGAAAUAGACAACUUUUAUGGUAUACUCUCGAACACAAUAACCAGAAUGCCUAACAGAGAGCCUUUAAUCGUACUGGGCGAUUUCAAUGCGAAGAUUGGCGAAACGAAGACCGAUACACAUCUACGAACGGUAGUAGGAAAAUAUGGCAUAGGAGAAAGAAAUGAACGUGGUCAAAUGCUUAUCGAAUUCUGCGCGGAAAACGAACUAUACAUAUCUAAUUCCCAUUUCCAACAUCAUAUUAGAAAAAUAUAUACCUGGAGAUCUCCUGAUGGACAUACACGCAAUCAGAUUGACUACGUUCUUAUCAAGAGAAGAUGGAAAAGUUCUAUUAGAGAUGUGAAGACCUAUCCUGGCCUGGAUUGUGGAAGUGACCAUAAUGCUCUGGUCGCGGAAAUCUGUCUCAGACUGCAGCGCAACAAACGCCGUCCUCCAAAAACCAACCCAUGGUACAAUGGAAAAAACGAGAUCUUUCAAAAUGCAGUCAAAGAUAAUCUUGACAAAAUAUCGCAAGAAAAAAUCAACCAAAUGAACUCCGAUGAACUCUGGACAGAAAUGAAACACUCUAUUGAGCUCGCUGCCGAAUCUGUAAAACCUGAUAAAAACCAACCAAGGAAACCAUGGAUAACACAAAGCACCUGGGAAAUGAUCUCCGAGCGAAACAACUUAAAAAUCAAAGGACUACAGGAGAACGAAGCCCAAGAGACAUAUGGAGAACUGAGCAAAGCCAUUAACAGAAGGCUUAGGAUUGACAAAAAUGCGUACAUUGCUUCAGUAUGUGAGGAUAUCGAAAAACAUGCAAACCAAAACCAACCACGGGAUCUAUUCCAAAAAGUGAAGAUGCUCUCAAGAACCUUCCAACUACAGUACCUUCCAAUUAAAAAUACCACCGGUGUAAGAUUGACCACGACACCUGAAAUUGUAGAAAGAUGGCGUCAAUAUUGCGAGAAUCUUAUGGCCGCUGAAGAGAUGGACCUACCAGAGAGCCUGUCACUUGAAGCUCGGGUACGUGAACCACAAAUUCUGAGAGACGAAGUUGAAACAGCUCUUAAAAAACUUAGGGACAGAAAAGCGCCAGGCUCAGAUAAUAUUGUAGCGGAAAUGUUAAAAUGCACUGGAGGCAAAGGUAUUACCUUGCUGCACCAAAUCUGUCAAAAGACGACACUAUCGCAGUGGCUAAAAACGAACAAGAAAUGUGUGUACUAUUACAACGAAUCGAGCAACACCCUGGUGAGAGUGCCGAUUUGGAACGCUUGUCGCCACUGGCCGGAUUGCCUCGCGGUGUGGAGUGCCGGGGUGCUUAAUUUCGUUUUAUUUAACAACGCGCUAACGGCUUAUGACCCCUGUUUGGUCGCUGGUUCCCGGAGGGCCAUGCAGGGCUAG